AUGGGAGCGCUCACAAACUCUAUCGCCCGCGGUAUCCUGCCCGCAUCACGUCGUCUUCAGAGAUCUGGUGUGUCGCUUGCUUCUCUCGGAGGGUACACCACCACCAAGAUUCGAUCGGCACCCCUAUGUCCCCAGUACUACUCCACAGCAGUCGCACAGCCUACGAUCGUCAUUGGAGGCAAUGGCCUGAGAAGCGAAAUCCCAGUCUCGUCUGCCAAGCAACCUUUCAAGAAGAUCCUCAUCGCCAACAGGGGCGAGAUUGCAUGUGCCAUCAUCCGUACAGCCCGACGCCUUGGAGUGGCCACUGUGGCGGUGUACAGCGAGGCCGACAAGGAUUGUAUUCACGUCAAGAUGGCGGACGAAGCAUACUGUAUAGGUCCUGCGGCGAGCUCUGAAAGCUACCUGAGGAUGGACAAGAUACUCGAGGUUGCCCGGCUUACGGGUGCUCAAGCCAUUCACCCAGGCUAUGGCUUUCUUUCGGAAUCGCCCAUCUUUGCCGAGCAAGUGAGAGAAGCUGGGCUGGUGUUCAUUGGACCUCCUGUUGAGGCUAUCAAGAGCAUGGGCAGUAAGAAGGAAAGCAAAGAUAUCAUGAUCGCUGCAGGAGUCCCAUGUGUGCCAGGCUAUCACGGUUCCGACCAGUCUCUUGACGCCCUCCUUGCAGGCGCUCAACAAACAGGCUACCCUCUCCUCAUCAAACCCACUCACGGUGGCGGCGGCAAAGGUAUGCGCGUCGUCCGUGACCCCGACUCGUUCCAAGACGAGCUCUUGUCCGCACAGCGAGAAGCCAAGAAGAGUUUCGGAAAUGACGAGGUUUUGUUGGAGAGAUGGUUGGAGAGACCAAGGCAUGUGGAAGUGCAGGUGUUUGGCGACCAAUUUGGCGAAUGUGUGGCGCUGCGAGAGAGGGAUUGUUCGGUGCAAAGGAGGCAUCAAAAGAUUAUCGAAGAGGCGCCUGCCCCCGGUUUAUCUGCCGAGCUGGGGCGAGACUUUGCAGAAAAGGCCGUGGCAGCUGCGAAGGCAAUCAACUACGUGGGUGCCGGCACUGUUGAGUUCAUCAUGGACGCCGAGACGGGAGAAUACUUUUUCAUGGAAAUGAAUACUCGUCUGCAAGUCGAACACCCGGUCACAGAAAUGAUCACUGGACAGAAUUUGAUAGAAUGGCAGCUUUCUGUCGCUGCAGGCAAUCCACUUCCUCUCACGCAAGCCCAGAUCCCCUGCCUUGGGCACGCAUUCGAAGCGCGUAUAUACGCCGAGCGACCGGAAAGCAAUUUUUUGCCCGAUGCUGGACGGCUCUUGCACGCUCGAGCACCUAUCAAUACUCCCCAUAGGUUGGAGACGGGCUUUACAGAGGGCGACGAUAUCAGCUCGCACUAUGAUCCUAUGAUUGCCAAGCUCAUUGUCCAUGGCAAAGACAGACCAGAAGCCCUUGCCCUGCUGCGAUCAGCCUUGAAAGAAUACCAAAUUGUCGGGCCGUCAACCAACAUUGAUUUCCUCAGUUCGGUUGCUGGUCAUGAAGAGUUUGCGAGCGGACCCGUCGAGACCAGCUUUGUACCCAGCCACCAUGAUGAGCUAUUCCCGCCCCGAGUCGUCCCUCACGAGGUGUUGGCCCAGGUAGCUUUGUACCUCGUCCUUCGAGACAAGGCUGCUCAAGACGCAGCUGGACCUUGGGCCACUCUUGCUCACAGACGGUUCGGCGACGUCAGUACCAGCUCUUACAGCCUCGACGACGUCUACGUAGACUUGGUAGCUUCCGACGAGGGCUACGAGGUCGUCAUCCGAGACGAGCAGGGACAGGUGUACCAGCAGACAGUGACUGGAUCAUUGAACACUGCGACCGACCUGCAGGCUCAGCUAGGAACUACACGCUUUUCCAGCACCAUUAUCCCUGUACCCGCCGUGAAUCGUUCAGAGAAACUGCAUGUCUUUUCGUCAUCAUCUCAUUAUACUAUAACGCACCACCCUUCUGCCCUCGACAACCCUACUGGUACAGACACCUCUUCAUCCAGUGCCAUAGACAAUCUUGUGUCACCCAUGCCCGCCACAGUGAUCGAAGUCAAAGUGGAAAAGGGCAAUAUGGUAAAGGAGAAUCAGGUUCUCUGCGUGCUAGAGAGUAUGAAGAUGGAGAUCAAUGUGAGGGCGGGCAGGGACGGCGUGGUGGGCGAGGUCCGUGUCGUGAAGGGUAAAGGGGUGGAGGAAGGAGAGGUUUUGAUUAUCCUCGAGCCAGCGCCUGUAGAAUAG